AAUGAGUUUAUAGUGUGUCUUUCCUGCCGUAUGCUCUACAGUAGAAGAAGGUAGGCAGUGCACAAUUUUGGUGUCAUUCAGGACGAAAUCACAGGAUGUCCAUCAGGAUGGCACAGUGGGGCUCCAUAAUCUCCAUAAUUAUGGCUCUUGGAGGAGCAGCUCUGUUGGUCUCUGUGCACAAGAUCGAUGAGGGGCACAUUGGCGUUUACUACAGGGGAGGAGCUCUGUUGACCACCACUAGUGGUCCAGGAUUCCAUCUCAUGCUUCCAUUUAUCACCACCUAUAAGUCUGUUCAGACCACUCUGCAGACUGAUGAAGUCAAGAAUGUACCAUGUGGCACCAGUGGAGGUGUGAUGAUCUACUUUGACCGCAUAGAAGUGGUGAACUACCUUAUUCCUUCAGCAGUGUACGACAUAGUGAGGAACUUCACAGCAGACUACGAUAAGGCUUUAAUAUUCAACAAGGUUCACCAUGAGCUUAACCAGUUCUGCAGCGUGCACUCACUACAGGAGGUCUACAUUGGUUUGUUUGACCAAAUUGAUGAAAACCUGAAGUUAACACUACAGAAGGACCUAACAAGCAUGGCACCUGGACUGAUAAUACAGGCGGUCCGUGUCACAAAGCCCAACAUUCCAGAGAGCAUUCGUCGAAACUACGAACUCAUGGAAAGUGAGAAGACCAAACUGCUAAUUUCCCAACAGACACAGAAGGUUGUGGAGAAAGAAGCAGAAACAGAAAGAAUAAAAGCGGUGAUCGAGGCUGAGAAAGUGGCACAAGUGGCAGAGAUAAAGUUUGGACAGAAGGUUAUGGAGAAGGAAACGGAAAAAAAGAUCUCUGAAAUUGAAGACAGUGCUUACAUGGCGAGGCAGAAAGCCAAAGCAGAUGCAGAGUUCUACACGGCACAGAAAGCUGCAGAGGCAAAUAAGUUGAAGUUAACUCCGGAGUAUCUACAGCUGAUGAAGUACAAGGCCAUUGCAGCCAACAGCAAAAUCUACUUUGGAAAUGACAUCCCUCAGAUGUUUCUGGACUCUGGAUCUGCAGGCAGCUCCAUUAAGACCUCAGCAGCCAUGGACAUUGUGGCUGAGCAGAUGCUGGAUAUGGACUAGUAAGGAAG